AGGCCACCUGUUAAAAUCUGGGAAGACACGGAAAGUAAAAAUUUAACCGAGUGUAGGAAUUCUACAGGUGAUGUUUUGCUGGAUUGCAGCCUCUACUGGGAAAUGUACAACAAAGUAACAUUCAGUCUGUGACUUCUUCAGCCAGCAGAACGACUGGGGACUUACUGGUGUUAUUGAGGCUCCGGACUUCAGCCGACUUGCAUAUGGCAACUUUUCGCCGUUCCAGGGUGCCAUGGAGAUGAAGUCAAACAUGAACUCAUAUAUGGGUCAAACAUCAACACAGUCUUUAAGUCCGUCGAGCAUGUUAGCAAGCUGCUCAGAAACGGGAACUAUUCGCAAAAGGAAGUGCCCGUCAAUUGAUUUGUCGACAGAGGGUAUUGAUGAUGAUGAUGAUGGCAAUGACCCAGAUGAUGUGAAAAAAUUUGCUAGGCAGAAUCACAGUGAAAUAGAGAAACGGCGCCGAGAUAAAAUGAACACAUACAUCAUGCAGUUAUCUACCAUGUUGCCCAUGUGUAAUGCCAUGAAUAGAAAGUGUGACAAACUUACAGUUCUGAGAAUGGCCGUUCAGCACAUGAAGUCAUUGAGAGGUUCAUCAACUUCUUACACCGAAGCAUUGCAUAAACCAUCAUUCCUGUCAGAAGAUGAACUCAAACAUAUCAUACUGGAGGCAGCAGAUGGGUUUUUGUUUGUUGUUGGUUGUGAUCGUGCCAGAAUAUUGUUUGUGUCAGAAUCUGUCGGCAAUAUACUGCAAUAUACAAGGAAUGAAUUGAUAGGGCAGAGUUUGUUUGAUUAUAUCCAUCCACGUGACAUCAGUAAAGUGAAAGAACAGUUCUCAUCUUCAGAUCUCGCACCAAGAGAAAGGCUUAUCGAUGCUAAAACAUUGAUGCCAGUAAAAACCGAGCUGCCUCAGCGACCUACACAUCUGUGUUCAGGUGCAAGACGAUCUUUCUACUGUCGGAUGAAGUACCGCAGUGAGAACUGUGAUAGUACAAAGGGCAUUAAGUUUGAGAAAGACGAUAUGGAGUUUGUACAUCGAAAGAGAAAAUCAGACCAAAAAUCUUAUACUGUGAUACAUUUUACUGGAUAUUUAAAAUCCUGGCCAACUUCGAAAAUAAACAUUAGUAGUGAAGACGAUAUUGAAGAUAAUUGUAACUUUCUUAGUUGUCUAGUGGCCAUUGGGCAAACUCGAACUCCUGUGAAUCAAAACAAUCAGACAUGUGCAGGGGCAACUCCUGUAUCUAAUAUAGCAUGUGGACUAGAUCUUAGACCUAUGGAGUACAUGUUCCGAAUAUCUUUGGAUGGAAAAUUAACAUUCAUUGAUCAAGCGACCACUGUAGUAUUGGGUUAUUUGCCUCAGGAAUUACUUGGAACCUCUGUGUAUGAAUAUUACCACCAAGAUGACCUUACACGAAUGGCUGAAAUCCAUAGAAAAGUUCUCGAAUCAAAAGAAAAGGUGCAGACUGGAGUGUAUCGUUUUAAGUCCAAGAAAGGUUCCUUUCUUCCUAUUCGUUCAACAUGUUUUACGUUCAGAAAUCCAUGGACUAAAGAAGUUGAAUACAUUGUCUCAACAAACUCAGUUGUUCCGACAGAGGAAGUGACAAGUUCUGGUCAGGGUUAUGAGAGUGCUGGCGUUCUUUCACUUGACACAGAUUGCUCCACUGCCGAUUGCUCAACUACAGAAGAAUUAAGUGGGAGUGCACGUCAUGAGAAGUUGAUGGUUCCUGGCCUACCAGGAGGUACAAAGCCAGGUGCAGGACGCAUUGGCCGACAAAUAGCUGACGAGAUGCUAGAAAGCUCAAGAUGUUCAAGAUCCCCUCAGGUGGUAGACAGUACAAAUACAGAUGUCUAUGAAUCCCAGAUGUCGUCAAAACGUUUAGACUGUCUGCAAGGUAGAGUUUCACAGUCAUCAGCAGGACACAACUCUGGUUUGAAUGCAUCUUUACCUUCAACAAGCUUGUUAACUACAAAAGGUCCAAAUGGUAUUUCUGUGCCUUCAUCUGGACUGGACGGUCACACACGAGAAUCAACGACAUCUUUGUUAGAUACUGUGAUAGAGGAACAGGCCAUGGAGUCCAUGACAAAUACAUCAGGGACGGAUGAGGGAGACGAGGCCGCCAUGUCAAUCAUUAUGAGUCUGCUUGAAGCAGAUGCAGGCCUUGGUGGACCGAUUGACUUCAAUGACCUUCCUUGGCCAUUGUGAUGUUGGCUUUUUUGUAUAGUUACAUUUCAUCGUUACAUUUCAUCGAGUUAAGAAAAUAAUAAACUUGUGUUCAUAGAUAAGUGCCACUCUGUGAGUUUUACACAAUUGUUAAUCAAUUGAUGUUGACUGAAGAUAAAAGUAUGCUCGAAAAGAUAAUCAAAAUGUUCCAGUGGUUUGUGUCUGGUUCGUUAUUCUUAACUUUCGUGUAUACAGUGAGUGGUUGUAUUUUAUACUUGUGACAUACAAACUAGUGUUGUUGAAAGUUUUGAAACUCUUGUAGUAUUCUGUUGGCAAAGAUUAUAUUUUGAUGUAUAAAAAUCUCUCCUUGGCGGAGAGUUUUGUUACUUUUACAUCCAAUUCACACCAUAAAAUAAGUUUAAAAAAUCUUCUAAGAUUCUUAAAUUUCUAAGAAACAGUAACUCAUAAUUGUUAACAAUUAUGGCUAAAAUGAAAUUAUUUCAUAAAAACAGCAAGAGCAGGUUCAUUUCUUUUUACUACAUGGGAUGAAAAUAUGAAAUUAAGUAGAAAGAAACUGCAUAAAAACAGAAAGUCUAUGAAAAUGAAAAUAGUUGCUCAUCAAAUUUUGUUGCUAGAUAUGUAAAUAUUAAUCAAGAUGAUACAGUAGUUGUUGAUUUGUGUGGUCUACCUCAUGUUUGGUUUGUUAGUUGUUUGAUUGUUUUAAACUUAACCAAACUUUUAAGGAAAACGGCAUGAUAAUAAUGCCAGUCUUGGAUUAUCAGUAUAUUUUUGAUAGUAAAGACUUUAUCUGUGUGUAAGUUUAUUUCGGAGCAGCUGCUUCAAUUACAGAAAAUUUCCCUGGUUUUCAUGAAAGUCACACCUGUAAUUUCAGCUUGAAGGGUUGGAGAUAAAACUGCACACCCCAGUUAUUACCCCGGCUUGUUAACAGUAGACCAUUGUGUCCACUCCUAAAGACUUUAUAUAUAAAAUAUUCUGCUUAACUAGUAAAGUCAUUCUCGAUCCGAUAACCUUUUAGAUUCAUUGUAUUAUUGAAACCAGUUUACAACUACUGGUGUAGUGUUUCAGCUUCUUGAGGUAAUCAUUGUUGUAAUAUGUUAUUUCAGUUAUUCAGGUCUUAAAUGGACAAGGUCAAUUGAAUGUUCAUUUAUAACUCUCUCUAAUAUUUUGGUUCUACAGUCCAACUUUGUUCUCUGGAACUCGGAGGGGCUGUUUAAAUUUGUUCAAGCCAUUGGUUGUUCAAAAUCAACCGUGUUUACUUUAUUGCCAUAUGUUGUUAGGUUGGACUUAGCAGAAAAACAUGUUGACAUAUGACCUUUAACAUGUUUUCAGUAUAUUUUGAGAAAAGAAUAUCAAUUAAGAUCAUAUAAAAAUGUUGUGACAAUUUCUGAUUUAAUCAUAUGCUAAUUCAAAACAAUCGCAUAACAGAAUGUUAUAUUUUCACAAGAUGUGUAAUAGUCAUAUAUAGGCACCAGGGAUUUUGCCAUAUCCUUACUUGAACUUGAGUAAAGGAAGGUAAUUGAGCCCUCUGAGUUCAAGGAAAAGGAGUUGGACCUUACUUACAUAUAUAUAAAAUGGUCAAACCUUUUAAGACCCACCUGCUUAGCUCAGUAGGGUAAGUGCAGAUUAACAGAUCAGGCUGUCGUGAGUUUGAUCCUAGGGCAAGGCGUAUGUUCUCCGUGACGAUUUGAUAAAACACAUUGUGUCUGAAAAUAUUUGUCCACCACCUCUGAUUCAUGUGGAGAAGUUGGCAGUUACUUGUGGAGAACAGGUUUGUUCUGGCACAAACCAUUACCAUUUAAGGAACUUAAUGAUGAAAGCUUUGCCCCUCAUCGAUGUGGGUUCGAGCCUCACUCGGGGCGUUGAAUUCUUCAUGUGAGGAAGCUAUCCAACUGGCUUACGGAAGGUCGGUGGUUCUACUCGGAUACCUGCUCGUGAUGAAAUAAUGCACAGAGGGGCACCUGGGGUCUUCCUCCACCAUCAAAGCUGGAAAGUCGCCAUAUGACCUAAAAUUGUGUCGGUGCGACGUUAAACCCAACCAAAAAAAAAAAAAAAAAAAAUGAUGAAAGCUAAUUAAAUGAAAAGUUUUAAGGUCAAGUUUUUUAUGAAACUAUUCAAUGUCAAAUUUAAAAGUACUUUAAUGGAACUAUUACAAUAAUUUUUGAUGUAGGAAUUUAUCACAUUUGUUUUAACAGUAACAUUUGUAGCCUGAAAAUCUAUUUAUUUUGUCUGUUACGUUGGAAUUUUAUAGUUUUGCCAAGGACUCAAUAGCGAUAGAACACCCAAGGUCAAUUUCAAACUCUGACUGGAUAAAACGUUUACCUUUUUUAAUGAAAUUUUAUCUUUGUCUGCGUUAACUGCUUUACCUUGAUAUUGAACACUUAAUGGUCUGAAAAUAUGCAUCAACAAGAAAACAAAGAGCAAUUUCCAGACAAAGUUAUUACUUUAAAUUUGUAGAAGAACAUGCUUUAUUGAUCUGUCUUUUAAGUAGGACAAAACUAUUUUUCUGUGUUUAAAACAUAGUGCCUUUAUGUAAUUUUAAAAAAAAAGCCUAUUUUAAAGACAAGUUUUAAAACAUUUAAUUGCAACCAUUUUUGUCUGACUUUUGUACAGAAUUUUGUUAAUUGCUCCUAGUUUCCAUUAUUCACUUUGUACAAGAGUUUCCUUUAACUAGACAACCAGCUGUUUAUAAAUCUGUUUGUCAGUUAUGUUUUGAAAAUAUCAUACUAUAAUUUAUAUCUGUUAUGUUUUUAGCUCACCUGUCACAAAGUGACAAGGUGAGCUUUUGUGAUCGCGCAGUGUCCGUCGUCCGUCCGUGCGUGCGUCCGUAAACUUUUUGCUUGUGACCACUCUAGAGGUCACAUUUUUCAUGGGAUCUUUAUGAAAAUUGGUCAGAAUGUUCAUCUUGAUGAUAUCUAGGUCAAGUUCGAAACUGGGUCACGUGCGGUCAAAAACUAGGUCAGUAGGUCUAAAAAUAGAAAAACCUUGUGACCACUCUAGAGGUCACAUUUUUCAUGUGAUCUUCAUGAAAGUUGGUCAGAAUGUUCAUCUUGAUGAUAUCUAGGUCAAGUUCGAAACUGGGUCACAUGCAGUCAAAAACUAGGUCAGUAGGUCUAAAAAUAGAAAAACCUUGUGACCACUCUAGAGGUCACAUUUUUCAUGGGAUGUUCAUGAAAGUUGGUCAGAAUGUUCAUCUUGAUCAUAUCUAGGUCAAGUUCAAAACUGGGUCACGUGCCAUCAAAAACUAGGUCAGUAGGUCUAAAAAUAGAAAAACCUUGUGACCACUCUAGAGGUCACAUUUUUCAUGGGAUCUUCAUGAAAGUUGGUCAGAUUGUUCAUCUUGAUGAUAUCUAGGUCAAGUUCGAAACUGGGUCAAGUGCCUUCAAAAACUAGGUCAGUAGAUCUAAAAAUAGAAAAACCUUGUGACCACUCUAGAGGUCACAUUUUUCAUGGAUCUUCAUGAAAGUUGGUCAGAAUGUUCAUCUUGAUGAUAUCUAGGUCAAGUUCGAAACUGGGUCACGUGCGGUCAAAAACUAGGUCAGUAGGUCUAAAAAUAGAAAAACCUUGUGACCACUCUAGAGGUCACAAUUUUUCAUGGGAUCUUCAUGAAAGUUGGUCAGAAUGUUCAUCUUGAUGAUAUCUAGGUCAAGUUCGAAACUGGGUCACGUGCGGUCAAAAACUAGGUCAGUAGGUCUAAAAAUAGAAAAACCUUGUGACCACUCUAGAGGUCACAUUUUUCAUGGGAUCUUUAUGAAAGUUGGUCAGAAUGUUCAUCUUGAUGAUAUCUAGGUCAGGUUCGAAACUUGGUCACGUGCCUUCAAAAACUAGGUCAGUAGG